CAACACAUGACGAAAGGUGCUCUGCAGCUCAUCCUAGAUGUUCUGGAUCCACAACAAGACCAGGAUGAAGAAAAUGCUGUUAUCAUCAUGGAAGAAACAGAGAAGAAGAAAAAGAAAUUGCCACCCCAAAAUAUGAAUCAAGUUGAAGAAAGUGGGGAGAGCUCUGAUGAAGACAGCUCUGAAGAAAGCGAUGAGAGUGACAAGGAGGCUUUGGAGACCAAUAGUGAGGGGGAGGAUGAACCCGACGAAAACUUCCGUGCCAUGCUGAGGAAUGUUUUGCAAGCCGAGAAUGCAUUGGAAGGAGAUGGUAGUGAUGGGGAUGUGGAUGAUGAGACUAUGAUGUCCCUCGAUGAGAAGCUUUCAUCCCUCUUUAGCGAGCAGAAGAAGCGCGUCCAAGCCAAGAAAGAUGAGAAGGAAAAGUUGCGCAAGGAAAAAAUCUUGCGUCGGGACUUCAAAAUCAAGGUUAGAAUCCAGGUUUUUGAGUUUAUGACCUGUGGCUAGGAUCAGCAAUCAUUUCAAUUGUUGGCCACUCUUGCAAAAUCUCUUGCGUGGCAUACCACGUCCUCAAAUACAAAUAAGUGAAAAUAUUCAAUUGCCAAUAUAUAAAUGGCCUAGAAUAUAUAUUAAUAUAUUCUAGGCCAUUAAAUAUAAAUAUAUUAAAUAUAUUUUUAUUGUUUACAUAUAAAUACAUUGAAUACAAUGUAAUUGUCCAGGUGUUCCACUUGCUUUGAAACAAAGGUAAAAACAAAAUAAUAUAUAUACUAUUA